UGAAUUCCCUACCGAAUGACAUAUUACCGAACUAAAUAUAAAUAGUGGAAAAUGCGUAAAAUGUCAAUGAUAUUAAAUAUUUGGUAAAUAUUGCAUUAGCCUGCCAUAAGAGGAAUUAAGUGAAAUGAUCUUGGUGAAAAUUAUUUUUUUUUUGGAAAAACUAGAGGCGAUCAGAAUUUGUUGUCGUGGUUCUACACCUUAGAAUAACAAUUUUUCAGUUCUCCAUAUUAUUGAAGACGAGCUAUGCAGUGGUCAAAGAUUGUAUAUAAGGAAAAUUUUGUGAUAAAUCCAAACAUGGUAAUUUGUUCCAACCAUUUCACUGAUGAUUAUUUUGACCGAACUUCAGCCUAUGUGAUCAGAUUACAACAAAAUGCCGUACCAAAGAUAAUAACUCGAAUGAAACAUGUUCAUACUUACAAUGCUGUUAUAUCUGAACACAUUUCUGAGCAUGAAAAUUCUGGUAUGUCAUGAAGAAACAUCUCCAAGAGAAAUGGCAUCUACAUCAAUAAAUGCAGAAACACCUCGAAAAAGGAAAAUUGAAGUUUUAAAGAAAGAUAACCUCUUAAAAUCUAUGGAAAUUGGGAAGCUGCAAUUAUUCUGCAAUAUAGAAACAAAAGAAAAGAAAGUUCUCACAAGAUGGGACUUUGCGAGGCGAACUGAGAUACUCUUUUAAACCGGUGAAAGAUUCUGCAUGAUAUGCGAUCGUGAGAUUUGAUUAUCGCCAAACAGUCAGUACGUCAUUCCUGCUUUCUUCAGCAUAAGGGAAUAUCGGUCUGCAUGUCAACACUUUGGCCGAUCAUGGUUUCUUCGAUGACGGAAUCUCGAAAUAGAUACAGCUAAUUGUUGUGUUACUCCAACUGAGCUUACGAUUCAGAAAUAUGAGUUGAUUGUGGUCGUUCCAAUCCUUCCGAAAUGUUCGAUAACUUCAUAACGCGGAUAACGAGUCCCUCGUCCAGAAGAAGGUACACUUAUCACUGUCCGGAUGUGCAUUCAGACCCAGAGGAAAAUAGCGCGCCUCUUACCGCGAGAAAACCUAGGCUGUUGGAAAGGAGAAAGAGGAGCAAAAAGGGACUGCUGGAGACAGGCUUAAGGCAGGCCAGGAGCCUUGGAAGACUAGAUGGAAUCAAGGAGGCUGAGAGACUAGCUGAGUAUGGAAGGAUCCUUGGGGGAUCCCAAACCACCUUGGAUGGAAGGAGGACGGAUUUGCAACGCAUAGAAGAUCUCUUUCCUCAUGAUAAUCUAGGAUUAUAUGACCCUGAACCCACUUCAAUACAUCAUGUUAAAAGCCGAGCCAUGAGGAAAAAAUCCCUGAGCGACUUAACGAAUUUCGACAACAACAACUCCAAAAACUCCCACUGCUCCAGGAUAUUCGUUAUGGAAGCACCAUGUGCUAUGGCCCCCUCAAAUCUACCCAUGAAUGCGAAACCAAGACAUAUAUUCCUCUUCAACGAUGUAUUGUUGGUGGCCAAACCAAGAUCUCCUGGAACUUUCAAACUUAAAGAGCGGGUUAGGAUGUCCGAGAUAUGGCUUCACAGACAUCCAGAAUCGGAAACUGGCUUCCUCCUAGGCUGGCCUUCUCCCGCCAGGACCUACCUUGUUUCCUUCUGCACCCAGGCUGCUCGAGACACCUGGUGGAGGGAAUUGAAACAGGCUCUUUCCACUCAGCUGCGUUUGGAACCUCCAACAACCAACAUCAAGGUCGUCUUCAGAGAUCCCCUCAGUGGCACCGAAUGCUCAAAGACAGUUGGGGUGUUACCUGAGACCAGUUCGGGAGAGUUGAAAUCACAGGUGGCCAGGCUGACUCUGGACGAAACAGGAAAUUCUGAAUGUUCGUUCACACUUUAUGCCAGAGACAGAGACAACGCCCCUUGCGCUCUGAUGGGCUACGAAAGACCGCAUUCCAUCCAGCUGGCGAGGAUAAGACAAUCGAUGUGUGCGGAAGAAGGCUUCGACUUGACGCACUGCAACAACAACAGGAUACCCAGCGAUAUAGUUUUUGAACUAAAGCCAAACAUCAAGGCACCUCCGAGAAAAUCCCAUCUGAAGCUAUUCAGGACAAAGAGCGGUCCAAGGAUAUUCGGAGUUUGCUUAUCGAGACUUUGUACCAACAAUACCUUACCUCCUGUUAUAACAGCCAUCUUGAAAGCUCUAUUUCACAAGGGCCCUCAUGUUCAGGGAAUCUUCCGGAGAUGUGCUUCUGCAAGGGCUCUCAAAGAAUUACGGGAAAAGGUUGACUCUCAAGCUCCGGGAAUUAUAGAAGAAUUGUCCAACAACACUCAUGCCCUCCUGCUGGCAGCCCUUCUUAAAGAGUUUUUAAGGAGCCUUCCUGAGCCUCUCUUGGCAGGAAACACACAAGAAUGGCUAUUCGUAGGAUCAAAUGGAAGAAUCGAUAAACUUAGAAAAUUACUAACAUUACUACCAACAGAAAAUUAUCUCUUGUUGUCUAAUGUUGUCUGUGUCCUGCACAACAUAACUAAGAAGGCCAAAUACAACUUGAUGUCACCUGCUAAUUUAGCGGUGUGCUUGGGACCCAGUCUACUUUGGGAAACCACCCCUAAUUCCCCACUUAGGACGCUUCCUACCCUUGUAGAAACCAUAAUAACCCAAUGCCAAGUAUUGUUUGGAACACAAAUUGUCUCCAUACUGGGAGAAGUUCAAAAUGACAGUGGUGCUGAAGAGUCUGAUAGUUUACAUUCUCUUGGUCUAUCUUUGGACAGUGCCGAAUUGAGUAAAGACCAAAAGUCGCUCAGUAGGGAUUCUGGCCUCACUCUUUCCGAAGAUGACAGAGAAAGUCCAGGACUUAACCUGAGAUCUUACCCCUUCCAACGUCAAGACUGGUCCAGGCAAGCUGCCAGGAUGAGGUCCUUGGAAAAUACCUGGGUAGAAGAUGAGGCUUUCUGUACAUCGAAUGAAAGUCUUUGUAGUCCUCCUAUCCCCCCCAGAAGACAUUUACCACUGAGACAUUUGCCCCCUCAUGUACAUUUACCUCCCCUUUAUAGACCUCCUCCCCCGCCACCCCCUACCUACGCCACUGCUAGACUUAUGCUAGUUACCGAUUCAGAGAGUGAAAGCUAUGUUUGAAAUGCAAAGUAGCCAAUAUUAAUAAAUGAAUUGAAACUGCCAUUAGAAAAAUAACAGAAUUCUUCUGUUGAGUUGCUCAAAAAAACUAAUAUUGUGGGUAACUAAAUAGGUCAGUAAUUACAAUAAAGAACUGAUUUAAAUAAGACAUAUAUUUUCUGAAAGAAUCUGCCGGGUGUGUAUAUAUUGAAUUUCCGGCAAAUGAUAUAUUUAAUAUUCCAAUUUUAUGGAGCCUGUAAAUUUCUGUACAUUUUUGUAUUUUUAAAUAUAAUAUAAAUCCAUGCCAUAACAUGUUCAUUGUAUAAUUUAAUCAGAUAUUUGCCAUGAGAUAGUUGAAUUUACUCUAUACAAAUUUUAUAUUAAUUAGGAUCACCUUUCAAUGUUUUAUCAUUUAUUAUGUAAAUAAAAAAUUCUAUUGA